AUGUUCUCUAUUUUUUCAUCCACUUAUAUUAUUUUUAAUAGUGCAUAUGAAUCGAAAAAUCCGAGUGCAUUAGAAAUAAAACAGAAAAUUGAAGAAUGUUUAGAAGAAAGUGAAAAUGUUAUGCAAAUCAUACCAAGCUUUAUUAUCAUUGGUCCAUUUUACGUUAAUGCUGAACCUGUAAGACAAAGCUUAUCAAAGAAACAUAAAGCAUUGGCUAGUGCCUUUUUAGAAUUAUUAACCAAACUAUUAAGGAAACAAACUGAUUCGGUUUCAGAAGAAAUCAAAGCUAUGGCUACAAAAUUAUAUGAAAAACCAAAUUCCAUUGAAGAAUUAACUGAUCUACGUGAAUGGAUUUCUGCUAUACCAGAUAAAUUAGAAGAAUAUCAAGAAUUUAUUGAUAAAAUAGUGUCCGAUUAUGAGUUAGUUGAUUUAUUCUUCUGUAAUUUAUCAGCUGAUGAUUUUAAUGCAAAAUGGACUGCCAUUGGUUGGCCGCAUAAACUUCGAGAAAUAAUUAUUCACGUGGAAACAAAUCUUGAAGAAGAUGAAGAACGUUUUCUGAAACUUCAAACUUCUGAUUCUGCUUCAUUUGCUGAUAAGAUUGGUUCACUAGGAAUGAUGAUUACAUCGAUGGCAUCCUAUUCAGAGAUUGGUAAAGCACAAGAAAUUGCCAAUGAAGUUCGUCGUAUUUCUAAACAAUUAUUGGAUGCACAAAAUAUGGCUGGUGUAUUGAAUAAUCGUGAACGUCUAUUCGGACUGCCUAAUACAAAUUAUGAAAGUAUACCAAGAUUAGUAAAAGAUUUUGAACCAUUUAAAAAUCUGUGGUUGAAUAUAGCAGAUUGGAUGAAAAUACAAGAAGCCGUCAUGAAUGAUCCUCUUACAUCGAUUGACACAGAUGCUCUGGAGAAAGUAAUUGUUGAGUGUUACAAAACAAUGCAUAAGUCUGUAAGAAUAUUUCAUGAAUUAGCCAAUGUUCAAGAAUUAGCUAAUAAUGUUAAAUUAUCAAUAGAAGAAUUUAAACCAUACUUACCAUUGAUACAAAGUUUACGUAAUCCAGGUAUGCGUCAAAGACAUUGGGAAAAGUUAAGUGAAGAACUCGGUGUAAACAUUGUACCAAAAGCUAGUUUGACAUUUUCAAAAUGUCUAGAAAUGCGUCUUCAGGAUAAUAUUGAUAUUAUAUCUAAAGUAGCUGAUAUUGCUGGUAAAGAAUAUUCCAUUGAAAGUGCUUUAAAUAAAAUGAUGAAUGAUUGGGAAUCUGUCAAAUGUGAUGUCAUUCCAUAUAAAGAUACAGGAACUUAUAUUAUUAAAGUAGCUGAUGAAGUGAAUCAGUUACUCGACGAUCAUAUUGUCAUGACACAAUCUUUGAAUUUUUCACCAUUUAAAAAACCAUUUGAAGAACGUAUAUCUCAAUGGGAAACUAAGUUGCAUUUAACACAAGAUGUAUUAGAUGAAUGGAUCACAUGUCAAAGACAAUGGUUAUAUUUAGAACCAAUAUUUAGUUCUGAAGAUAUUAAUCGGCAAUUACCAGUUGAAAGUAAACGUUAUACUACAAUGGAUCGUAUAUGGAGAAAAAUAAUGAAAUCAUCAUUAGAACAAUCACAAGUGAUCACAUUAUGCUCUGAUGCACGUUUAUUAAACAAUCUGCGUGAAUGUAAUCGUUUAUUAGAACAAGUACAAAAAGGUUUAAGUGAAUAUUUAGAAACUAAACGUCAAGCAUUUCCAAGAUUUUAUUUCUUAUCUGAUGAUGAAUUACUUGAAAUAUUAUCACAAACUAAGGAUCCAAAAGCUGUUCAACCACAUUUAAGAAAGUGUUUUGAAAAUAUUGCAAAAUUACAAUUUGAAAAAGAUUUACAAAUAACGGCUAUGUUUUCUGGUGAAGGUGAAUAUGUGAAAUUUGAAAAAACUACCUAUCCAACACCAAAUGUUGAAGAAUGGAUGUUAGAAAUAGAGAAUUUAAUGAAACUUUCUAUAAGAACUAUAAUUGGUAAAUCAAUUGAAGCUUAUGCUCGUACACCACGUACUGAAUGGGUAUUACAAUGGCCUGGACAAAUAAUUAUUGCUGUAUGUCAAACAUAUUGGACAACUGAAGUAACUGAAGCACUUCAGUCGAAUCAAAUGAAUGAAUUAUAUUCAAAUUUACUUAAACAAUUAGAUGGUCUACGUAAUCUUGUACGUGGUGAUUUGACUAAAAUUGGUCGAAUGACUUUAUCUGCAUUAAUUGUGAUUGAAGUACAUGCACGUGAUGUUGUGACGAAAAUUAUUGAAGAAGGUGUACAUAGUAUGAAUGAUUUUGAAUGGAUAAGUCAAUUACGUUAUUACUGGAACAAUGAUGAAGAACAGUUAAAACUACGUGCUGUCAAUGCUGAAUUUAAUUAUGGUUAUGAGUAUUUAGGCAAUACAACACGUUUAGUCAUUACACCAUUAACUGAUCGUUGUUAUCUUACACUGACUGGUGCAUUACACUUGAAAUUUGGUGGUGCACCAGCAGGACCAGCUGGUACAGGUAAAACAGAGACAACAAAAGAUUUAGGCAAAGCAUUCGCUGUACAAUGUGUUGUAUUCAAUUGUUCAGAUCAGUUAGAUUUUAUGGCGAUGGGUAAAUUUUUCAAAGGUUUAGCGUCAGCUGGUGCAUGGGCUUGUUUCGAUGAAUUCAAUCGCAUUGAUAUUGAAGUAUUGUCAGUUGUUGCACAACAAAUUACAACUAUACAAAAAGCACAACAACAACAUUUAACACGUUUCCUAUUUGAAGGUAUUGAUUUAGAAUUGAAACCAUCAUGUGCUGUAUUUAUUACAAUGAAUCCGGGUUAUGCUGGACGUACUGAAUUACCGGAUAAUUUGAAAGCAUUAUUUAGACCAGUUGCUAUGAUGGUACCAGACUAUGCAUUGAUUGCAGAAAUUUCAUUAUUUUCAUUUGGUUUCUCAGAGGCACGUUUAUUAGCUAAAAAAAUCGUCACUACAUUUAAAUUAUCAUCAGAACAAUUAAGUACACAAGAUCAUUAUGAUUUUGGUAUGCGUGCAGUAAAAAGUGUUAUAUCGGCUGCAGGUAAUUUAAAACGACAAAAUGGAAGUAUGGAUGAAGAUCUUAUCUGUCUACGUGCUAUACGAGAUGUGAAUGUGCCCAAAUUCUUAUCCGAUGAUUUGAAAUUAUUCAGUGGAAUUGUAUCUGAUUUAUUUCCUAAUAUAAAUGAGCAGCCAAUUGUUUAUGGUGAUUUGAUGACUGCUUUAAAGACAUCAUGUAGUAAAUUAGAUUUAAUGGAAGUUGAAGGUUUCAUUCACAAAUGCAUUCAACUUUACGAAACUACUGUAGUUAGACACGGUCUAAUGUUAGUUGGUCCAACUGGAUCAGGUAAAACUCAAUGUUAUAGAGUACUUCAAAAUGCUUUGACGUCAUUACAAAAUCAGUUGGCUCCUGAUGGUUCAUUAUUUCAAACUGUUCAUACAUAUGUAUUAAAUCCUAAAUCAAUCACAAUGGGUCAAUUAUAUGGUGAAUUUAAUCUAUUAACACAUGAAUGGACAGAUGGUAUAUUAAGUACAUUAAUACGUUAUGGUGUUAAUGCAGCAGAUGAUGAUAAGCGUUGGUAUGUAUUCGAUGGUCCAGUUGAUGCUGUUUGGAUUGAAAAUAUGAAUACUGUAUUAGAUGAUAAUAAGAAAUUAUGCUUAAGCAGUGGUGAAAUUAUUAAAUUAUCUGAGACAAUGACUAUGAUGUUCGAAGUAGCUGAUUUAGCUGUUGCUUCACCAGCUACUGUUAGUCGAUGUGGUAUGGUUUACUUAGAACCAAGUAUAUUAGGAUUGAAACCAUUUAUACAGUGUUGGAUAAAACAACUACCAGAUGUAAUAAAGCAUUAUCAUGAAAAACUGCAAGAAUUAUUUGAUCUGUAUAUGGAAGAUUCAAUUAAAUUCAUCAGAAAUGAGACUACAGAGAUUAUUAGAACAACUGAUGGACAAUUAUGUUUCAGUUUAAUGAAAAUGAUGGAUUUUUACUUUUUACCAUUUCAAUCGAAAGAGAAAUCUAUGGCAGAUUCCAAACGACGUAAAGAUAUAAACUCUGAUGAAAUGAUUUCGCGAAUUGGUCAAGCAAUAGAAAGUUGGUUCCUAUUUUCAUUAGUUUGGUCGAUUGGUGCUACGUGUACUAAUGAAGGACGUGUGAAAUUCGAUCGAUAUUUGAGGCUUAAAAUGAAGGAAUUAAAAUGUAGUUUACCAUUCCCUGAAGAAGGACUAAUUUACGAUUACCGCUUCGAAGAUGACGGUUUACUAUCAGUUGAUGUCAAAGAGGACGAGGAAGAAGAUAGUUCUAUAAUUCGAAAAAUGCAUUGGGUACAUUGGAUGGUAGGUAUACCAGAGUACAAAAUCACUUCAGAUAUUAGUUAUUCUGAUAUUAUUGUACCAACCAUUGAUAAUGUACGUUCAAGUCAUAUAAUUGAAAUGUUGUUAACAGCUAAAAAACCAGUUUUAUGUAUUGGUCCAACUGGUACAGGGAAAUCUUUGAAUAUAUUACAUAAAUUAACACGUCAUAUGCCUAAAGAGUAUAUACCAGAAUUUAUUAUAUUCAGUGCAAAGACUACGGCAAAACAAACACAAGAUUUAAUUGAUAGCAAACUGGAUAAACGACGUAAACAUUUGUUUGGUCCACCGUUAGGACGUUAUAUUAUAUUUUUCAUUGAUGAUUUAAACAUGCCUGCAUUAGAAGUGUACGGUGCACAGCCGCCAAUUGAAUUAUUACGUCAAUGGAUGGAUUUCAGUGGUUGGUAUGAUUUAAAAAUGAUUGGUGAAUUUCGUAGAAUAAUUGAUGUGAACUUUAUCUGUUCCAUGGGUCCACCUGGUGGUGGUCGUAAUCCAGUCACUGCUAGAUUAAUGCGUCAUUUCAAUUUUCUAGCUUACAAUGAACUAGAUGAUUCCAGUAUGCAGUUAAUAUUUGGUGUAAUUUUAAAAUCAUGGUUAAAUCGUACCACUGAUCAAAAUGAAUCAAUGAAUCUUUUAUCUUAUGCUGACAAUUUAGUGAAAGCUUCCAUUUCAGUUUAUAAAACAAUUCAAAAUCAAUUAUUACCGACACCAGCUAAAAGUCAUUAUACAUUUAAUCUAAGAGAUUUAUCAAAAGUAUUUCAAGGUAUGCUUAUGAUGGAGAUUGAGAAAUUGACCGGAGACAUUGAACAAUUAUUACGUUUAUGGUAUCAUGAGUCAUGUCGAGUAUUUCAAGAUCGAUUAGUGAAUGAUAUAGAUCGUGAUUGGUUUUGUCAAUUAAUUAAUAAAACAUCAAAAGAAAUAUUCAAUUUAGAUGUGAACGAUUAUGUCACAACUACACCAUUGUUAUAUGGGGAUUUUUUGUCUGCAUCAAAAUAUGCAGAAAUGACAGAUCAUGCUAAAGUAUUACAAGUUAUUGAAGAAAAUCUUGAUGAUUACAAUCAAAUUAAUACAGCAAAAAUGGAUUUAAUAUUGUUUAUUUAUGCAAUUCAACAUAUUUGUCGAAUUGCACGUAUCAUAAGACAACCACAAGGUAAUGCUCUAUUGCUUGGUAUGGGUGGUAGUGGUCGUCAAUGUCUGACACGUCUAGCAUCUCAUAUGGCUGAAUAUGAUUGCUUCCAAAUUGAAUUAUCUAAAAAUUAUGGUAUAAGUGAUUGGCGUGAUGAUUUGAAAAAAAUAAUGAUGAAAGCUGGUUUAGAAAAUAAACCAGUAACAUUUUUAUUUUCUGAUACACAAAUAAAGUCAGAAUCGUUUCUAGAAGACAUUAAUAGUAUCUUAAAUGCUGGUGAUGUGCCUAAUAUAUAUCAAUUCGACGAAUUAGAAAAAAUAUAUGAUUCCAUGAAAAUGGUUGCCUCUGAGUCGGGUCUACAACCAACGAAAACAAAUUUAUUUGCAUGUUAUACAAAACGUAUACGUGCUAAUCUGCAUACUGUGAUUACAAUGAGCCCUAUCGGUGAAAUAUUUCGUGCACGUCUAAGACAAUUCCCAGCGUUAGUUAAUUGUUGUACAAUUGAUUGGUUUAGUGAAUGGCCAAAUGAGGCUUUGAAAUCUGUUGCAUUUAGAACGUUACGAAAUAUGGCUGAUUUAGAAGUGGAUAAACAAACAUUACAAUCUUUAGUACAAUUAUGUUUGGAUAUACAUCAAUCAGUUGUACAAAAUACAGAAUUAUUUAAACAAGAGUUAAAUCGUUAUAAUUAUGUGACACCGACAAGUUUUCUAGAAUUAUUGACUGUUUUCUCUAAAAUUUAUGGAUUAAAAAAAUCUGAAAUAAUUACAGCUCGAAAUCGUACAAAAACUGGUUUGGACAAAUUAUUAUAUACAGAAGAAAUCGUUUCAAAAUUACAAGAGGAAUUAGAACUAAUGAAACCGGAAUUAAUAAAAGCUGUUGAAGAUUCCAAAACGACUAUGGAAGAAAUUGCACGUGAUUCCAAAAUUGCUGAAGAGACACAAAUCGUUGUAUCUCGAGAAGAACAACAAGCGCUGAAAAAAGCACAAGAAUGUCAAACAAUUCGUGAUGAUGCACAACGUGAUUUAGACGAAGCAUUACCAGCUCUUUAUGAAUCAUUAGAAGCAUUGAAAUCACUGAAUAAGAAUGAUAUAACUGAAGUUAGAGCUAUGAUGCGUCCACCUGAAGGUGUACGUCUAGUUAUUGAAGCUGUAUGCAUUAUGAAAAGUGUGAAACCGAAAAAAAUUCCUAGUGAUAAACCAGGCGUUAAAAUUGAUGAUUAUUGGGAACCAGGUAAAACUAUGCUACAAGAUCCGGGAAAAUUUCUAGACAGCCUAAUGAAUUAUGAUAAGGAGAAUAUUCCAGAACCAAUUAUUCAUAAAAUUAAGCCAUACAUUGAAUCUGAAAAUUUCUCACCAGCAACAAUAGCUAAAGUUAGUAAAGCAUGCACUAGUAUUUGUUUAUGGGUUAGAGCAAUGUAUAAAUAUCAUCAUGUAGCUAAAACAGUGGAACCGAAACGUCAAGCUUUAAAAUCCUCUGAAUUGGAAUUAGCUGAAACGGAACAAAUAUUAAAUGAAGCAAGAGGUCGUUUACAAGCAUGUGAAGAUCGUAUCAAAGGUCUACAAGAAAAAUAUAAUGAAUGCAUACGUAAGCAACGUGAAUUAGAAGACAAAAGUCAGUUAUGCGAAGCAAGAUUAAUUCGAGCCGAUAAAUUAAUUGGAGGUUUAGGUAGUGAGAAAAUACGUUGGAGUGAAUCUGUCAGUAAUUUGAAUUAUUUAUUGGCUAAUCUUGUUGGUAAUGUCAUAUGUUCCUCGGGUUCAGUGGCUUAUUUUGGACCAUUCUCUGGUAAAUAUCGUACAGACAUGAUUAACCAUUGGGUGGAGAAAUUAAAGCAUCAUCAAGUCCCACAUACUACUGAACCAGCUCCAAAUCUAGUUCAAACUUAUGGUGAUCCAGUUAAAUUACGUAAUUGGCAUAUACUUGGUUUGCCUAAAGAUGUAUUAUCUAUUGAAAAUGCUGUGAUUGCACAAUUUUCCAGACGAUGGCCAUUGUUCAUUGAUCCUCAAGGUCAAGCAAAUAAAUGGAUUAAAGCAUUAGGCCAACCAGAUGGUAUCAUCAUUAUCAAAUUAUCCGAUAAAGAUUUUAUACGUAACUUGGAGAAUGCUCUUCGUUUUGGUAAACCAUGUUUAUUGGAAAAUGUCGGCGAAGAAUUAGAUCCAGUCAUUGAGCCGGUUCUUUUAAGACAAACAUUCAAACAACAAGGUGCAACAGUUAUUAAACUCGGAGACUCAGUAAUACCAUAUCAUGAUGAUUUUAAAUUAUACAUUACAACAAAACUAUCUAAUCCACAUUAUAAACCAGAAGUGUCAACUAAAGUCACAGUUGUCAAUUUCACUUUAUCACCAAGUGGUCUAGAAGAUCAAUUAUUAGGUAUUGUUGUUGCUGAAGAACGUCCAGAUUUAGAAGAGGCGAAAAAUCAAUUAAUUGUAAGUAAUGCCAAAAUGAAACAAGAAUUAAAAGAGAUUGAAGAUAGAAUUCUGGAACGUCUUAGUGCCACUGAAGGUUCACCAGUGGAUGAUGUUAAUUUAAUACAAACAUUAGAAGCAUCAAAAGUGAAGUCAACUGAAAUUAAAUCACGAGUUAUUGCAGCUGAACAAACCGAACGUGAUAUUGAUGAAACUAGAAGUAAAUAUAUUCCAGUAGCAGUAAGAACACAAAUAUUAUUUUUUUGUGUUGCUGAUCUAGCAAACAUUGAUCCAAUGUAUCAAUAUUCAUUAGAAUGGUUUGUGAAUAUUUUUCUUCAAGGAAUAACAAAUGCUGAAAAAGCUGAUCUUGUUCCACAACGUGUACAAAAUAUUAAUGAUUAUUUCACAUUUAGUUUGUACUGUAAUGUAUGUCGAAGUUUAUUUGAAAAGCAUAAAUUAAUGUUCGCAUUCUUAUUGGCUAUUCGUAUAUUACAAAAUGACGGUUUAAUUGAUUCUGAUGAAUAUCGUUUCUUACUUGCUGGUGGUACUCAAAAACUCAAAGAAUUACCAAAUCCAGCACCAGAAUGGAUAUCUGAUCGAAUUUGGGGUGAUGUCUUGAGUCUUGCUUCUUUGCCUAAAUUUGUUAAUCUACCAGAAAGUGUAACACAAACUCAUAAGGAAUUUAAACAAAUAUUCGAUUCAUCUGAACCGCAUAGAACUAAAUUCCCUGAACCAUGGCAAACAGAUUUAGACAAUUUCCAACGUAUUUUAAUUUUACGCUGUUUAAGAGCAGAUAAAUUAACUAAUGCUAUGCAAGAUUUUGUCAGUCAUCAUUUAGGUCAGAGAUUUGUUGAACCACAAACUGCAAAUCUUCAUCAGGUAUUCAAAGAUAGUUCACCGUCAACUCCAUUAAUUUUUGUCUUAUCACAGGGUACAGAUCCAGCUUCAGAUUUAUACAAAUUUGCUGAUGAAAUGAGUUUUGGAGGGAAAAAAUUAUCGGCUAUUUCACUUGGUCAAGGACAAGGUCCCAGAGCUGAAGAACUUAUGCGAGGAGCAAUGGAACGUGGUGUAUGGGUAUUUUUCCAAAAUUGUCAUUUAGCUCCGUCAUGGAUGCCAACAUUAGAAAGGCUAGUUGAACAAAUUGACAAAGAUAAAGUGCAUCGUGAUUUUCGAUUAUGGUUGACAAGUAUGCCAAGUCCAGACUUUCCUGUUUACAUUUUACAAAAUGGAUCAAAAAUGACAGUUGAACCGCCUAAAGGUUUAAAAGCGAAUUUAUUAAGAACCUACCAAUCGAUAAAUGAUGCUUAUUUAGCUAAUGUACCUCUUAAGAAUGAUAUCUUUCGGCAUCUAUUUUUAUCAUUAGCCUUUUUCCAUGGUAUAUUAGUUGAACGUAAAAAAUUCGGUCCACUUGGAUUUAAUAUACCCUAUGAAUUUACAACUGGUGAUCUAAGAAUAUGUAUGGAUCAGUUGAUAAUGUUUUUAAAUGAAUAUGAUAUCACACCAUAUAAGGUUCUAUGUUAUACAGCUGGACAUAUUAACUAUGGUGGUCGUAUAACAGAUGAUUGGGAUAGACGAUGUACAAUGAGUAUAUUAGAUAAAUAUUAUUGUCCUAAAGUUUUAGAAGAUGAUUGUAAUUAUUCCGAAUCAGGUAUUUAUCAUCAAUUAUCAGGGAGUACAGAUCAUGCUAUGUAUCUUGAUUAUAUUCGAAGUUUACCAAUUAACGAUCCACCGGAAAUAUUUGGAUUACAUGAAAAUGCUGAUAUUACAUUUGCUCAAAAUGAAACUUUUCAACUAUUAGGUUAUUUAUUAUUAAUCCAACCAAAAACAUCCAGUACAUCUGGUCAUGGAAAACAACGUGAAGAGAUUGUUGAAGAAAUUGGUCGUUCAUUAAUAGCAAAAUGCCCAAAAUUAUUUGAUUUAGCAUAUAUAACUCAUAAAUAUCCAGUUAUGUAUGAACAAUCUAUGAAUACAGUAUUAGCUCAAGAAGUUAUCAGAUAUAACGGUUUAUUAUCAACCAUGCAAACUUCACUGAAUGAAUUAAUCAAAGCAUUGAAAGGUUUUGUAGUAAUGUCAGCUAAUUUAGAAGAAAUGGCUAAUUCAUUAUUUGAUAAUCGUGUACCGACUAUGUGGGCUAAUAAAGCUUAUCCAAGUUUAAAACCAUUAGCAGCAUGGAUAGAAGAUUUAGUGAUGCGUGUGAAAUUCAUACAAGAAUGGAUUGAUCAUGGUGUACCUUGUGUAUUUUGGAUAAGUGGUUUCUAUUUUCCACAAGCAUUUCUCACUGGAACAUUACAAAAUUAUGCAAGAAAAAAAAGUAUUUCUGUUGAUACAAUUACAUUUGAUUUCAAAGUAAUGAAAGAAAGCUAUGAGAAGCUGAAUAAAUCACCUAAUGAUGGAAGCUAUAUUCGUGGCCUAUUUUUAGAAGGUGCAGGUUGGGAUUUUACACUUAAUUUGUUAUGCGAAUCACGACCGAAAGAGUUAUUUGUCAAUAUGCCAGUUGUAUGGCUUAUACCAACAGAAAAUCGCAAAUCACCAAGUGGAGGAAUUUACGAAUGUCCAGUGUACAAAACUCUAACACGUGCAGGUACUUUGUCUACUACUGGUCAUUCUACAAAUUUUGUAUUUUCCAUUGAAAUUCCAACUGAUCUACAACAAGAACAUUGGAUUCAACGUGGCGUAGCUUUAUUAUGUGCAUUGAAUUAUUGAAAAACUAAUAUAUUUGUAUUGUUUAAUAUAGAAAACUAAACUAAUCCGAUAUGUUUAG